GCCUCCCUCUCUCUCUGUCUGCCUCGGAGCCUGCUGGGAGUUGGAGGAGAAACCGUCGAGGGAGGACGAGCGGAGUGUACUGGACCCGGGACUGGAAACCACUCCGAAAAGCCACCAUCCAGGCUGGGAGAGCAGCCUGUCGACCUAAGUUUGCAGAGAGCCGUGGAAGCGAGGAGAGCGUCAAAGUUGCUCGGUCGUGUUUUUCUUUCCUGCUGUUGCUCCGCGCCGUUUGUUCCCGGACUGAGGGGAUCCGUUUGUUCCCGGACUGAGGGGAUCCGUUUGUUCCCGGACUGAGGGGAUCCGUUUGUUGGAGCAGGACUGCGCAUUGGCUCCGCGGCUGUGAACCAAACAGAAGGAAACAAUGAAGAAGUGAAGCUUUCUCCGGGGGUUUCUGCACACUUCGAGACCAAGUGUCGUUUCUCUUCGUCCUGUGCGGGAUGUUUCCUCUGCUGUAGGACCAGCGGCAGUUUUUAACUCAAGUUUACAACCAGACACGGACACGAAGAGGUGGAAAAUGUCCUCACCGAGGUUUAAAAAGGAUAAAGAAAUCAUCACGGAGUACGAGAGCCAAGUGAAAGAGAUCCGGGCCCAGUUGGUGGAGCAGCAGAAAUGUCUGGACCAGCAGACAGAGAUGAGAGUGCAGCUGCUGCAGGACCUGCAGGACUUCUUCAGAAAGAAGGCCGAGAUCGAGAUGGAGUACUCGAGGAACCUGGAGAAACUGGCCGAGCGCUUCAUGGCUAAGACUCGCAGCACCAAGGACCACCAGCAGUACAAGAAAGACCAGAACCUUCUGUCCCCGGUCAACUGUUGGUACCUGCUGCUGAACCAGGUGAGGAGAGAGAGCAAAGACCACGCCACGCUGAGCGACAUCUACCUCAACAACGUCAUCAUGAGGUUCAUGCAGAUCAGUGAGGACUCCACACGGCUGCUCAAGAAGAGCAAAGAAAUCGCCUUUCAGCUGCAGGAAGACUUGAUGAAGGUCCUCAAUGAGCUGUACACGGUGAUGAAGACAUACCACAUGUACCACUCAGAGAGCAUCAGCGCUGAGAGCAAGCUGAAGGAGGCUGAGAAGCAGGAGGAGAAGCAGAUCGGGAGGGGGGACCCGGUCUUCAGCAUCCGGAUGGAGGAUAAAUACCAGAGACGCAGCUCAGUGAAGAAGAUCGAGAAGAUGAAAGAGAAGCGUCAGGCCAAAUACUCUGAGAACAAGCUGAAGUCCAUCAAAGCCAGGAACGAGUACCUGCUGACCCUGGAGGCGUCCAACUCCUCCGUGUUCAAAUACUACAUCCACGACCUGUCAGACCUCAUCGAUUGCUGUGAUUUGGGAUACCACGCCAGUCUGAACCGCGCCCUGAGGACCUACCUGUCAGCAGAGUACAACCUGGAAACGUCACGCCACGAGGGCUUGGACAUCAUCGAGAACGCCGUGGACAGUCUGGACCCCCGCAGUGACCGGCAGAGGUUCAUGGAGAUGUACCCAACCGCCUUCUGCCCUCCGACAAAGUUUGAGUUCCAGCCUCACAUGGGAGACGAGGUGUGUCAGAUCUCAGUGCAGCCGCCUGUGAAUGGAGAGCUCAUCCUGAGGUUCCAGCAGCUUCAGUCCCGUCUGGCCACUCUGAAGAUCGAGAAUGAAGAGAUCAAAAAGACGUCAGAGGCCACGCUCACCACCAUCCAGGACAUGGUGACCAUCGAGGACUACGACGUGUCCGAGUGUUUCCACCACAGCCGCUCCACCGAGUCGGUCAAGUCCACUGUAUCGGAGACGUACCUCAGCAAGCCGAGCAUCGCCAAGAGGAGAGCCAACCAGCAGGAGACGGAGCAGUUCUACUUCAUGAAAUUUCGGGAGUUUCUGGAGGGCAGUAAUCUCAUCUGCAAACUGCAGGCCAAACAUGACUUGCUGAAGAGGACACUGGGUGAAGGCCACAGAGCGGACUACAUGACCACCAGACAUCCUCAUGGGACGUUCAAAUCUGGCACUCGGCGGGCUCGACCCCGCUCUGUUUUUAAUGUUAGGUUAUUUAAUGGCAAUUUGGAGUCGUUUAUAAAGGACUCUGGACAGGCCAUCCCCCGUGUGGUAGAGAGCUGCAUUCGCUACAUCAAUUUGUACGGUCUGCAGCAUCAAGGAAUCUUCCGUGUGUCUGGAUCCCAGCUGGAGGUCAACGACAUCAAGAACUCAUUUGAAAGAGGAAACGACCCCCUGACAGACGAGGAGAACAACCACGACAUCAACUCGGUGGCUGGCGUUCUCAAACUUUACUUCAGAGGUCUGGAGAAUCCUCUUUUCCCUAAAGAGAGGUUCAACGAGCUGCUGUCCUGCAUCAGAGUAGAAAACCUGUAUGAGCGAGCGCUGUACAUCCGUAAGAUCCUCCUGACCAUCCCCAGAUCCGUCCUCGUGGUCAUGCGCUACCUCUUCGCCUUCCUCAACCAUUUGUCCCAGUACAGCGACGAGAACAUGAUGGACCCGUACAACCUGGCCAUCUGCUUCGGCCCCACGCUCAUGCCUACACCGGACAGCCAGGACCAGGUCUCCUGUCAGGCCCACGUCAACGAGAUCGUCAAGACCAUCAUCAUCCACCACGAGACCAUCUUCCCCGACGCCAAAGAGCUGGAUGGGCCGGUUUACGAGAAGUGUAUGGCUGGAGGAGAAUACUGUGAGAGUCCGUACAGCGAGCACGGCGCCCUGGAGGAGGUGGACAACGAGGGAGGGACGGAGACGCACACCAGUGAGGACGAGGGUGAACCCAUCGAAGCCAUUGCCAAAUUCGACUACGUUGGGCGCUCUUCCCGAGAGCUGUCCUUCAAGAAGGGCGCCUCCCUGCUGCUGUAUCAGCGGGCGUCGGAGGAUUGGUGGGAGGGGCGGCACAACGGCAUCGACGGCCUCGUGCCACACCAGUACAUCGUGGUCCAGGAUAUAGACGACAACUUCUCCGACACUCUGAGCCAGAAGGCCGACAGCGAGGCGAGCAGCGGACACGCCGGGGAUGAGAAAUGUUCAGGGAAAGACCUCGGCUCGCCCACUGACUCCAGGAUCUCUGAGGCCUACAUCACCAGCAGGCACAAGAAAAGAUCAGACCCACCGUCCCGGCGGCCCCCAGCCCGUCCCAGCGACAUCCACUGCAUGGUGCAUCCUUCUCAGCACGCCCAUGGAGGACACGGAGGAACCCCGGAGAUGGGCUCUCCUGUUCUCGGCCACUUCAGUCCACGGGACAUGCUGCGGAGUCGCAACCACAUGCCCAUGGACAGCCCAGAACGUCGGCGCCGCACCGGGCACGGCAGCCUGACCAACAUCAGCCGCCAUGAGUCCUUAAAGAAGAUGGAGAGCCCGCCAAUCCGCCGCUCCACCUCCUCGGGCCAGUACACAGACUUCACCGACACACAUCAUCACCACCACCACCACCACCACGGCGGCAAGCCCCUGGACCCGGAGACCAUCGCACAGGACAUAGAAGAAACCAUGAACACUGCUCUGAAUGAGCUGCGUGAACUGGAGCGGCAGAGUUCGGCCAAGCACGCCCCAGACGUGGUGCUGGACACCCUGGAGCAGCGGCAGACGUCCGGCAGCAGCGGCGGGGGUCCCACGCCCGCCAGCUCCAGCGAGUCCCUCAGCCACAUCCACGGCGUCAUGCUGAGGUCCGCCGCCAACGCCGAGCCGCCCAUCCGCCGCAGCACCAGCUCCUCCAGCGAUACCAUGAGCACCUUCAAGCCUGCUGUGGCGCCUCGCAUGGGGGUGCAGCUCAAGCCCCCCGCUUUGAGGCCCAAGCCCAUGGUGCUGCCCAAGUCCGGCCCGGCCUCGCAGCCCCAUCCCACAUCUCCUCAGGACCCUCUGGACAAAUCCUGCACCAUGUGACCUCUGGGACAGGAACCAGAGAAAAACUGUCCAGCGACUUCCAGGAGAGCUUCCAUUUUUAUUUUUAAAGACAAGAGACGAAAAUCAUCUGGCGGCGUGUAAAAUACGUGGACAGGAACAUCUGUUAGAAGCUGAGAACAUAAAGAGACUGAUGCAGGAGUCUUCUGUCUCAAUAACGCACAGCUUUGUGUAAAUAUGCCUAGGUUGAUAUUAUCUGACUUUUUUAAAAUAACCCAAACAACAAAUCACAAAGGCUUCCUUAAAGGUGUUAGAAAGUGUAUAUUAGUUAGUUUAGUUUAAAGAUUUUAAUGAAACGUUGAACACAACCGGCUGCAUGAGGAUCAACGGGACCGACCACAGCGGCAUCCUCACACCAAGAAAAUCACAUAUUUAGGGUUUUAUUUUUGCUUUUUGAGGGUGUUGUGAACAAGUUUAAAGGCCUUAUUGACUUUGAAAUGUAACCGAUUAAAAAUGUAGAACUCAAUUAUAAAGGUGCUGUGAUUACUCUAACAGAAAAGGUUUGACGUUUGGACUGCAGAGUUUUCAACUAACGGUACCUUGUUCAUUCAUAGCUUUCAGUCACGUGACGGGCGAGGGGGCCUGGAGGGCAAGAAGAGUUUAGGAAAGUGGUGUGCAUUGUUAACAGGCGUAUUAAUGCACCAUCUCUACAAAACAACGCAUGUUUACAUCACGUGACAACAGCAUAAAAACAGAACUUUUACAGAUGGAGCACAUGAGCUCAGGUAUCUGUUAGUCCUGGCCCUCCAUGCUUAGGGGCGCAUUCACACCAGAGCUGUUUGGUCUGCUUUAAACGAAAUCUGGUCUGUUUUGGUCAGAAAAGACCAGCAGAAGGGGAUGGAUUUCCGGUUUCGUGUUCUUCUACACCCUCUUUUCUCCUUGGUCACCUUUUGUUUGUGACGACAGCGCCCCUAGCAGGCAGAGGUUGUAGGUGUUCAGACGGUUUGGUCUGCUUGGCCAAGAGCAGUAUGAAUGCAAACCAAACCAAAGGAAAGUGCAACAAUGCUGCAAUUCCAAAAUGGACCGAGUUCCCCGUACUAUUAGGUAUGAAAACGACCUAAACCUCCUUCCUGAUGGCAGAAGUCUGCAUCCAGAGGGGGCUGAGGGUGUCCCAGGAUGGCCUUUAUCAUCCUGAAAAAACAGACCAUUUAAGUCAAAGCCAACUAUUUAUUUGCAUCAACAUUUCCCAGCCUGUUUCUGUCCACCAUGCUGGGAUUACCAAGCAGACAGGUCACCACAGAAGAAGGGCUCAAAACAGGCUCAGAAAAGAUGACUAAAUACCUUUAAAAGAGAUUUAUCAGUGUUAAAUCCUUCCAGCUUCCUCCAGAGGAACAGCAUCUGAUUGGGCUUUAGUGUUGGUGUCAGCUUAUCAAGAAUGGUGCCGAGGUUUUUAUACUGGUUUGGCAUUUCCAGUGAGUUGAGACCAGCACUGCUCAGCUCGCCCUACCUCCACGGCCUCCUUAUCAAAGCUACGUCUUGUUUUGAAUCGAAGACUCUGUUCGAUAAAAUGUCACCUCAUAUGGCGUAUUUACUAAAAAGAAAAUCAAUGAUUUGUUUUCAUUCAUAAAUUUCUCAUAACGAGGGAGGAAUGUGAACCUGCAAAGCCGAUAGAUUUACAAAACUCCAUCUCUGUCAUCAGGUAAAUCUAUCUUGAAAAGCUUCGAUCUACAGCGUUUGUGCCAAACCGAACACAGCUCGGACCAAUCAGAGUCAUAUGAGGAGAGCGAGGCUGUGGCUACAGGCGAGGAUUAGAUCAGCUAUAGCUAACUGGACCACAUUACUGUAUUUAAUAAAAAUACUGAUGGAAGGUCAGGCACUGGCAGAGGAGAACUGUAGGAAGCAGAGCAGCAAUUUAUAGUCACCAGUUAACCUAGAGAGCAUGUUUUUGGUGGUGGGAGGAAGCCGGAGUACCUGAAGAGAACCCACGCAUGCACGGGGAGAACAUGCAAACUCCACACAGGAAGGCCCUGACCAGGAAGCAAACCUGGACCUUCUUGCUGUGAGGCUACAGCGCUAACCCCUGCGCCGCGUGCAGUCGACUUCAAAAUACAACGCACAGACUCCUACAUCAACAUGAAGCUUCAUCAUGUGGAACAAACAAAAGGUGACUGGUCGGUCACUAUGGCAUCACUGAUAAAGAAAAGUUAACCUUUGAGGUGGAAAAACCACAAACUUUUGACAGAAAUCCACACAUUCUUUAUAGAAAACAUUAACCCUUUAACUUCCAAAAGCACUCACCCAUGGUGGAAGUGAUAAAACCGUAGAAUCAUAUUAAAAUAAAGAGCCAAUCAACCCCAGACAGGCAAACUAAUAGGGGUGGGAGAAAAAAUCAGUACAGCAUAGUCCCGCGUUAUUUUGUCUGGUGAUAUAUCGUAUCGUCUCGUCCACCAUGUAUCGAUUUUUUUUUCAAACUAAUUGCUAAUUUUAACAAGUCUAUGAUAAUGGAAAAAUAAAAUCAAUUGUUUGUCCAGUGAGGUCGGCAGAGGUGACGGUCAUAGAGCAGGAGAAAGUUAGUAACAAACAUGGCGGCACCAGAGGAAGGACGUUAGGAAUGAAAGCAGGGCACCAAGGUUCUUAUAGUUAACUAAAACUAACUAAAUAACUAAAACUAAAAUUCAGAAAUCAUUUUAGUUAACUGACACUAAAUCAAAACUAAGCUUUACCGAAAAAAUGAAAACUAACUAAAACUGUAUAGUGCGCUUACAAAACUAACUAAAAUGAAAAUAAAAAGAGACAAAACAUCCUUAGUUUUAGUAUUUGACACAUCCAUACUGACUCCCCUGAGUCUGAGGGGAGUAAAAUGGCCUGUUUCGAUUGGUCAAGACUUCACAAAGUGGUAGUUUUAUGUCUGGAGUUGUAUUCAAACAUCAUCAUUAAAUAAAUAAAAAGAAAAGUAAAGAGUAGCCUGUCAGAAUAUGUUUUUAAAAAUGUAUGAUAUUCCCUCAGCCCCGACAUUUAUCCUAACACUAAAACUAAUAGAAACAAAACCUAAAACAAAGCAUUUUUGGAAAAUAAACACUUAACUAAACAAACAAACUAGCAGUCAAAACUGACUACAA